UUGAUGCUGCUUCCAGGGACUUUAGUUCUCGUUUAGAGCCGAGCGGCAGCAGCAGCAAUAGCAGCAAUAGCAACGGCGAUGAUAGUGACGGUGGUGGCAGCGGCACCCUUACGGCAGGCGAGCUGCGGGUCAAGCUGUCUCUGGCUGCCAGUAGCGGUAGAUUAGAUCUAACGGAUUGUCGGUUGCGGCAACUGCCGGAGGAGGUACUGCAACUAACAGAACUGGAGGAGCUUCAGUUGUCCGGCAACUGCCUGACCGAGCUGCCCGACUCCCUCUCCCGCCUCACCGCCCUGCGGCGACUGGGUCUGGCGGGUAACCAGCUCACCCAGCUGCCCCCCGGGGUGGGGGCCCUCACGGGGCUGGAGGGACUGUGGCUGCACGGCAACCUGAUCAGGCGCCUACCGGAGCAGCUGGGGCGACUGGGGGGGCUGAGGGCGCUGUCUUUGGCGGGCAACUGCCUGCAGGCCGUCCCCCCGGGCUCCCUCCGCGGCCUCACCUCCCUCACCGACCUGACCCUGGCCGGCAACCGGCUGAGGUCCCUACCCCCCGGGGAGCUGGAGCCCCUCACACGGCUGAGGAAACUGGCGCUCAACGGGAACAGACUGGGCCAGGAGGGGGAGGAGGAGGGGGAGGAGGAGGAGGGCGAGGGUACUGCUACUGCUACUGCUACCUCCUGGUUGGGUGUGGGUAGUCACAUGACGGGGCUUACGGAGCUGAUGUUGCAGGGAAAUUGUUUGAAAAGGGUGGAUCCAGCUAUAUUUGAAUGCCCGGCCCUACAAGAGCUCUCCCUGGCCGACAACCAGCUUACUGAGCUACCCCCCAACACAGCGGCCGCCACCUCCCUCACGCGACUGCACCUCUUCGGGAACCGCCUCACCCGCCUCUCCCCCCGCCAGCUGGCCGGCUUGCCCUCCCUGGCGUCGUGCUGGCUGGAGGGAAACCCGCUUAGUGGGGAUGUCGUACGGCAGCUGAUUUCGGUGGCGGCAAGCGCCAGCCGAAGUGGUGAUUCCUCUGGUGGUGUGGGUGGGGGAGGUGAGGGCGGCAUCGUCACCAGCAACGAGGUGUUGGUGGUGGCAUUCGGCAGCGCUCCGGGGACCCCAAACUGGGGCGGUCUGCUGGGUAAAGUCUACCGCUCGGCAGCCGCUGCAGGGGAUGAGGGCAGGUACUUCGAUGUUCUGUACGUAGCUGAUCCUUCACGUGACUGGUACGGCGGCGGCGAUGAUUCAGUGUACGGCUACUACCGUACCCGUCUGUUGUCGUACACCCGUCACUACCGGCGAGUACUGCUGCUUGGGGACUCCAUGGGGGCCUCUGCGGCCCUCUUGUUUGCUGACCUGGCCACUGCCGUACUGGCGUUCUGCCCCCAGGUAGACCUGACGGCCGCCUCCAUCCGGCCUGGCCGCCAGACGGAAUGGCUGACGCGGUUUCGGAGGCGGCUGGAGGGCGCCGUACGGUCCUCCCGGGGGGAGCUGUCCGUGCUGCGAGGGUGGGGUGGCGGUGGCGCUUUGGGAAAUGGCAGUGGUGGUGAAGGUGGAGGCGGUGUGACUGUCAAGGUGUUCUCGGUGGACAGCCACCGCCUUGCCGCGGCGCUGGAUGCGCGGGGGCAGUUGGUGCCCUUGGUGCGCGACGCGAUUCGGCUCCAGCUUGGGUUGCGAUCUGGGAACGUGCUUAAAAUGUUUUCCUGCUUUGGACCUUCCAAAUUGGAAGGGCUGCAACAUGAGAUUGACUCCUUGAAGCUGCUCCUUCAAACCAAGGAUGGUGAGCUUGAUCGAAUGAGACGUCAAGACUUGAUGCAAAAACAGAAAGAGGAGCAGCAGACGGAGACUCUGCAGGCAGCAGCUGCGCAUGUCGCUCAGCUGGAGGCGCGCUUGAUGGAACAGCAGCGAACCAGUAAAGAGUUGGAGGUACAGCUCCGAUUGGAUUACGAGCGGAAACUAACGGAUGCGGCUCAGCAGCGAAUCGCUCUUGAAGGCGAGCUUGAAAACUCGCGACAGCGCCUCGCAGAGCAACAGCUCCUGGCGGAACAGACGCGGCUCCAGCUUGAGGAGAUGGUGGCCGCGCAGGAGCAGAAGCUUGAAUCACUAAAAGAGGAUGGGCGGCUAGCUGAGUUGCAGCGGAAGUCGCUUGAAGCACGCCUGCUCGAGGAGCACCAAAAGUUGGAUCGGCUCGCGCAGCAGCACAACGUUGAGCAAAGCAAACUGCUGCGCCGAUUAGCAAAUGAGGAGCACCGCGCGCGCCGUUUCCAGAAGCAAAUAGCCAACUUCACGGAGACCAUGGAGGAGGUGUCUAACAUCCUGACCGCCGUGGAGAAUGACCAGAAAACGAUUACCAGCCCAGUCAAGGUGGACAAAAAAGCUAAGGCGUCCGUGGCUGCGGACCACUUGCGCCAGUCCAUUGCUUUCUUCAAGUGCUCGAAAGACGAGCAGCCGACAGACCAGGGCGUGGGCCACUCGUGCACCUAG